AUGCUCCAGCUGUUGUCUCUUGCAUCAAUUGUGUGGGCUUCGCGCAGGGCGCUGGCGGGGGCGCCGUCCUACUGCAGCUCGAAUGGCACGCCCCUGCAGGCCCCUGUGGUGGAGGGCGGCUCCUUCGGCUUCUCCGUGUCCUCCGACUCUGCUGCCAGCACUGUCGCAGUCGGCCAGCCCGAUGCUGAGAACGGGUUGGUGUACAACUACAACCAGGUCAAACUCUGUGCCUACCAGUCAUAUGCGCUGCCAACCCCACCCGACUCUGAUGAGGCGGACCCUGCCGCCUCGCUGGGCAUGAUGACAGCCAUUUCACGCGACGGGCGGUGGAUGGCCGUAGCGGGGGCGCUGGUGGAGGACGGCACCCAAGCCCAGGUGUACAUAUACCGGCGUCAGAGCAACGACAGCACCGGCGGUUUUGUGUUUCACCAGCAGCUUGCACUGCUUGGGGCCCCUACUGAAGGGACAGACGGCGGCACCCCGGGGAGCGUGUAUUCUGGGAGCCUGUCCAUCUCGAGGGACGGGCGGCUAGUGCUGGUGUCCUGGAGUGUCUACGGCGAAGGGCUCGACUCGUCGUCAGAUGAUCCCUAUGGCGCCCCAUCCGGCACCGCUGCGGGCUGCGCGCAGCUGUACCGCCGCCUUGGCAACAACAGCUACGCCCGCGCCCAGGCGGACCUGCUCCGCUUGGCUCCCUCUUACGCCAAGACCCAGUUCUUCGGGGCUAACAGCUACGUGGUGGCAGAUGGUACCGUCCUUGCAGUCAGCACGCGCGUCAUGGACGCAUCAAAGCCCACAGCCGGCGCCCCAGCAAUCGUCAUCUACCGGCGCCUGGCAAAUGGCGCCUUUGCCUAUUCAGCCACACUCAAAACCCCGGGCUCUGACGGCACGUUUGUGAUGACUGAGAGCGGCAGCCACAUCGCAGUUGUGCAGGCCAGCGACGUUUACGUGUAUGUGCGAGAGGGUGUGCUGUCCACUGGGAAGUUUGUGUACAACAAGCGCUGCACCCUCGUGGGGGAGGACAUGAACCUUGAGCCAAGCUACACCAAGCUGGCGAUGACUCUGGCCUCCAACACGCUGCGCCUGGCUGUCAGCAACUCGCUCGACAGCAUCUUCAUCUGGAGCAUCCCCCUGGGGGGUAAACGCGCGUACAGUGAUGGCACAUGCCCGGCCACCCUCGACAGCACUCUCACCGGAGAGGCUGGAAGCGGCUUUGGGGCGGCGCUGGCAAUGGCCGAAACAGGCCGCGCCCUGGUUGUUGGCGUUGCCGGCAGCGCCAAAGCCCCCGAUGGGACGGCAGUGCUCGUGGUGGACAUCACAGCACCCAAGGCAGCAGCUGCCCCCUCGCCCUCGCCGUCAACCAGCCUCGUCUACAGUCCUCGCGCGUCCACCACCGCUGCCCUGGACUCGACCUACUACCAGGCCAAUCCCAGCACAGUCAUCGUUUCGGCGCGGUACGGCUCUGUCGGUGUGCCCGCGCCCCAGACCUUCUCGCUGGGCAGCUGGGCAGCUGGCAGUCCCGGUGGGGCGCCCUGGAGUGCAUCCUCUGGCUAUUCCAUCAGCCCCGUGAAUCCCUACCAAUCUGGGGGCACUCCCGUGGCCAAGUCUAUCGUCAGCCUCACAUCAGCGCUCAAUGGCCUGGGGCUCACCACAGCAACGCUGCGCACGCUGGUGGCCAGCCUCAAGCCUUCAUCCAGCCCUGUGACCUCGGGCUAA